AUGAGACUCCGAAGCCCCAAGCAACAUGCCCUCUUUGGCCAAGGCCAUUCGGUCAUCAACGUCGUUACACUCACGGCUGGGUGUGGAAUGCUGCUACUUGGCUAUGAUCAAGGAGUAAUGGCAGGUCUCAUCGGUGGGCCGGGUACCCCUUUUACCCUUACAUUCAAUGACCCUUCGGCAGCAAUGCUGGGUUUAAUGGUUGCAAUAUACGAGAUCGGUUGUUUUCUUGGAGCUGUAUUCGUUUUCUUGGCCGGGGAAGCGUCUGGAAGGCGCCUCUGCAUGAUCGGUGGAACAUCAGUUAUGGUAAUUGGCGCUACUGUGCAAACUGCAUCGAUGAACAUGACGCAACUCAUCGUGGGUCGUAUCGUGACUGGCAUAGGCAAUGGUAUUAACUUUUCAACAAUUCCUGUGUGGGCGUCCGAAAUGUCAGGAUUUGAGGAGCGUGGAAAGGUCGCUGCAUUCAAUGCCCUUCAAAUGGUAUUUGGAAUUAUCAUGGCGUUGUUUGUGCUUGUUCUUCCUGAAUCCCCUCGAUGGCUUGUGUCUGAAGGGCGAAACGAAGAAGCUAAAGCUGUACUUCAUUGGAUCACACCAAAGCCUUCUGGUUCUAUAUCUAACUAUGAGGAUACGAUUAAUGAAUCAUACGAUCGGAUUGUUCAAACAAGGGAGAUUGAAAUGGCGUCCGACGGAGAUUUCUCAUACACUGAACUAUUUGGCGGUGGAAAGAUGCAAAAUUGGAGGCGUGUAACUAUUUGCUUCGGUGUUAUGGCUUUUCAACAGCUUAGUGGCAUCAAUGUUUUGACAUACUAUAUCUCCUACGUCUUGGAGCAUUCAGUCAGUUUGAGUCACCACUCGUCUUUACUGAUAGGAGGUUUCAAUGGAAUGGAGUAUCUCCUAGCAGCCCUCAUCCCUAUCUGGACCAUUGAGAAAUUUGGUCGCCGAAACCUGCUUCUGAUAAGUGCCACUGGGCAGAUGAUCUCAAUGAUGAUUCUUAGUGGUGCUAUUUGGUAUGUGACGGAAAGACCUGGCACCGCUGGCAGCUUUACAAUGGGUAUCGUCGCAGUUGUUUGCUUCUUCCUUUUCAACACCUUUUAUGCGCAAGGGUUUCUCGCAAUCCCCUUCUUUUACCCCGCCGAAAUUUCAAAUCUUAGAACAAGAAGCCGAGCUGUUUCCAUAUCGGUUAUGAGUAACUGGCUAUUUACCUUCCUUGUGGUUAUGAUUACUCCUGUUGCCACGACAAACAUUGGAUGGAGAACCUACGUUAUCUUCGCUGUGCUCAACGCAACAUUCAUUCCCAUUAUCUACUUCUUCUUUCCUGAAACUGCAGGGCUUAGUCUGGAAGCCCUUGACUCCCUGUUUGAUUACGGUGGAGUAACGCGAGGUGUCUUGAGCAAGCAGCACCGCCACCGCAUGCUUGAACUGUCAAGUUUUGCCCUUGAUACCUCUGAAGGUCUUGGUGAUGGAGAGGCGAAACAAGAUUCCUCCAAUCAUGUCGAGUAUACGGAGUGA